AUGGGGAAACGGAAGCAAUUGAAAGAUGAUGAUGUGGAUAUGGACGAAGCCGGUCGCGCUGGCGACGAAAGCAGCGACGAGGUCAGCGCUGAACCUCCGAUUGAGGACACGGAAAUUGUCAACGUAGAGUUCGAGUGGUUCGAUCCGCAGCCCGCUGUUGAUUUUCAUGGCCUCAAGGUUCUGCUCCGCCAAUUAUUCGAUAGCGAUGCGCAAUUAUUCGAUCUCUCCGCCCUCACCGAUCUCAUACUCUCGCAGCCGCUGCUGGGGUCAACGGUGAAAGUUGACGGCAACGAAACAGACCCUUACGCUUUCCUCACCGUUCUGAAUUUGCAUCAGCACAGAGAUGUACCCGUGAUAAAGUCAAUAAUUGAAUAUAUCAAAAGCAAAUCCUCCUCAGACCUAUCUACGCUUAAUGAGCUUCUUUCGCAGCCAUCGAUCCCCCAGAUCGGCCUCAUCCUUACCGAACGAUUAAUCAAUAUUCCAACCGAAGUGAUCCCACCCAUGUACACCAUGUUGCUCGAAGAGAUCCAAUGGGCUCUAGAAGCAAGCGAACCAUAUCAGUUCACUCAUUAUCUAAUAAUGUCAAAGACGUACGAAGAAGUGGAAUCCAAAUUGGACAUGGAGGAUGACAGACCGCAGAAGAAAAAGAAGAAAGCGGUAAAUGGCAAGCCGGAGACAUUUUACUUCCAUCCAGAGGAUGAAAUCCUUCAGAAACAUGCGCUAUGUUAUAGCACAUACCCAUACACGCAUCAGCAAGCGGAGGGGCACUCGGACUCGAAGCGCACAUUCCAAGAGCUAGGAAUUCGCCCACACGGAUCUAUGAUUUUGAUAGAAGCUUCGAAGUUUGAAACGGCGGUUAACGCCGUCAAAGACUAUGCCAGUCCUCCAUCUUGA